GAUACUAGGUAUCUGUUCUAUGCCAAGGGCAUAGGAUAGAAUUUGUUAGGAAAAUGCCUGGAUAUGGUUUGCAGGGUUUUCCUCCUGAAUUUAAGAAAAAAUAUCGGCGAGAAAUAUUAGAAGAGCCUACAGAAUGGGACAAAGUUACGAAAUAUCAUUUGUUCUUUGGUGACAUUAGAAAUAAUACAACCAAAAAGAUGUACAUUCUUGGCAAAGCCGGAUUUAUAUAUGGGGUGUAUUUCUCAUUGGCGGACUGCUACAUUUUACCUCACCCCAAAAAUCCAGGAUCUCGUACUGCACGCUAUUUUGCACAACUGGUGGCAAGAAAUGUACCUUUGGGAAUGUUCUCUACAUUAUUCUUUGGGGCGUCUUGGUAUGCCUGGAACACAUACUUUGACAGAGAUAACUUAUAUGGGGUGUUUUUUGCUGCCAACGCCACCUGGGCUGUAGUUAAAGGCCCUAUCUUGAAGAAAUACAAAAAGAUGCACAUCUUCUGGCCAAUGGCUUUUAUACUGGGACUCAUUCACGUCAGUGGUUAUGAGAGAAUGGUUAUGAAGUGGCCAAAUCCUGGUACAGCCGUGCAUUUCUGCAACCCAAGACAUUAUGAAAAAGAUCUUUUUGGGAAUCCGAUUAGACCAAUGCCAGGAGUUUCCUAUGAUAUUGACGAGUCAGACUAAAACAGAUUUGAGGAUGUAAUUUCAUCAAAGACAAUAAUGCAUGUAGUAUGAACUUUCAAGCUAUGUUUUUUUUUUUUUUUUGGCUAUUAUCUCGUUUGAAUGUACAUACAUUUUAUAUUUACCAGAGGUUGCGAAAUUAAAUGAGUAACAUAUUAA